AUGUUGACGGAAAUACUGUUCGGCAUGUUGUCGACGAUCAUCGUCACGUCGCUGUUCAUCUUUCUGGUCGAUCCCGCGGAGAGCCCAAUGUCAAACGAUCGCUUCGACAAUUCGACGCGUUGGGCCAGACUCCAGUCGUACAAGGACGACCAGCCGUUGACGGGAGCGAGCGACUUACCGCCGCUCGUGCCCAAGGAAACGAUAUUGGCAAUGAUCCAGAGGGGCGUUUACCGGGUGAACAUUGACGCCGUCCGCGCCAAAGCCAACGAUUGUAUUGGGAGCGGUCACGGUGGCACCGCCAGUGAAAGCGAUUCGGACGAACAUUUCGCGCGAAAAAUGAUCACCAGCGCGUGCAAAAGACUCGACGCCAACUGGCGAUACGCGUCGACGCUGGCCACCUUAUUGAACGGUGUGUGCGACCGAAUAAACGAACGUCUCGACGCGCAUCAAGUAGGUGAUUUUUUUUGUGAUUGUCUUACAUCCACGAAAAAUGAUAAGCUGUCCUAGGACAACGGGGACUGGUGCAGCCAAUGGUAUGGGUGAGAAGUUGGGAAGAUGAUAGAGGGUAAAUUUAAAUUAUAUCUGUACGCAUCGAUUAACUAUUGUUAUCGAAAAAACGAUUCUGAGUGGAGUCCGGUUGAUAAUGUUGCUAUAUAUAUAUAUAUAUGUAUCAUAUUAUAGUAAAAUAAUUACAUGUGUAUUAAUAUAUUUUCUUUAAUAAUAUUUGUUUAAUAUUCUACCCAUUAUCCCGUUUUUCUCAUAUUUUUCCCAGUUUUAUCCAUUUAUACGUUAACAGCUAAGAAAAUGAAAAAAAAGACCUCCCUAAAGUACUUCCUCAGUCAGAUUUUCUUUAUAGAAACAAUGCCAACAUUGUAAAUUGGAGGAAAAUUGCUGGUAGGAAAUUUGUACACAGAAAAAAUAUAUAAAAAUAAUAAACAAUUGUAAAACCAAUAUAUUCCUCGCUCCACUCAGAAUCUAAAACAAUUUGUUUUAUGUCGUAAGCACAGAGUACGAAAACCGUAUCGCAAACUAUUCGGAUUUUUUUCACCUGGUAUAUAAACGGCACACGCCGAGGCAGGGCCGGCUAGAAGGCGGUGCAAGCUGCGCAUUCACACAGAGCCUCGCGCUUUUAGAGCCCCCCAUCUAAUCGUAAUCAUGGGCGGAAAGAAAUUGCACGUGAUUAUAACAUUUAGGAAAACAGAAAUUAAAUUGAAUGAAGUAAGAAGAAUUAUAUUGUAAAGAUGUAUCUGCGUUUCCUGCACCGAGGGGCACUACUAUUCAAAGAGAUGGUCUGUUAAUAACCAGGGCUCGGAAGUAAUAGGACUAAAAAAGUUAAAUUUUAGCGUGUUAGUAUUUACUUAAAAUCACAAAAACAAGCGCUACAAACAGCUCCAAUAAUUGGAAAAUACAAUUUCCCGAAAUUAAAUCUGACAAUAAAGCAGUACAAUGAAACUGGGGCGAUUUUAAAAAUAAAUAAAUUCAUUAUUGGAACCGAACGUAAUUAUACGAUAAUAUGGGCGAUAACAACCGAAUACGAAUCUUUUUCCGAUGCAUUUAGCGUUACUGUUUAAAAAUCAAAGCAAAUAAUUAAAUUCGCCAAUUAUUGGCCCUAUAAAUCCUAAACAGUAAACAAUAUGUGAAACGUAGGGGAAAAGAAUUUCGCAUGCGAGUGAGCAUAUGCCAUCGGUGAGGUAUGAAACGAAAUUAAUUCUUGUUUAGAAUGUUCUAGAGGUGGCACCAAAAAUAAUAUGCAAAUGUAAUACAUCCGAACCCUGUUAAUAAUCAGUCCCCUCCCCUCAUACUCUCCAGAGACAGUCACACAACUUCAUUCGGCGUGUUUGCUGCGGAUAUUUAAAAAAUAAUAAUAUAAAUCGCGGGCUUAAAGCGAAAACUGCAUCAACUAAAAAUAAAAAAGCGGGCAACUUCGCACGUGUGUGCAGCGUGCAAUCACUGUUGUUAAGUGAUAAUUUGGGAAGGUAGUAGAGGGGAAAUGUAAUGUAUAUCUGUAAGCAACGAUAAACCAUUGCUAACGAAAAACGAUUUUGAGCGGAGUUCAGUUGACAGUGUUGCUUUGUCAACAAUAUAUAUAUGCCAUAUUGUGGUAAAAUAAUUAUGUAGUUUUAUAUUUUCUUGAAUAAUUUUUGUUUAAUAUUGUACCUAUUUUCCCGUUUUUCUUACGGUUUUCCCAUGAUUUUCCUGGUUUUUCUAAUUUGUUGAGAAAAUUCCCUCUACCAGAUUUCUAGUGGAAAAAUUGUCCAUAGAAUAAAAAAUAAACAUCUUUGUAAAACCAUGAGCUUCUUCACUCUACUCAGAAUCUAAAACCAAUUUAUUGAAAAAUUAAGUUUUAAUCUUUUCAAAUCGGUUUUUGUUCAAGGCGAACGUUUGCAAAUACAACAAACAUCUGACGACGAUCACACAAGCUCGCAUGUUGGUCGAGAAAGAGGUGCGUGAGACCAAAGUCGGUAAGCUCCAAACGAAAACCGCAACAAAUGAGCAGUCAGGUUACCAAGCAAACCUUGAAUUGAAAUCUCAAAAAUCGACUGUGGACUGUACAACCGUCACAGAAAACAUGGACGAUUUACUUUCUGUUUACGAACAGUAUGUGGACAGCAAGGAUAUACUCAAAAAUUGA